CUGUGCAAAACGAAAUUAUUUUCACUCGAUGAAAGCCGUGUAACCGCAACUAGCUUCUUCGGCCUACAAACAAUUUUCUUUGUCUCAGUUUUUACUACGCAGUUGAAAAUCGAUUACAUUUUUUGAGUUUGAAUCGAACACUUUACGAUGGAUGUACGUCCGCCAAUCUACAAAAAAAACAGUUUUGGGAUGAAGUGCAUGAAAAUCAUCCUAAUUUUGAUCAAUGUUCUGUACUUGAUUAUUUCAUUUUUGAUGAUAAGCGGUGCAACAACACUGAAAGUUAUAUUCGGCGAGCACUACUUCGAAUUGUGGUAUGCGAGUACGGUUGACAGUUUAUCCAGCUUAUGGAUCGCCACAGGAGUCUUCCUGCUGGCAUUGUCCAUAUUCGGAAUUGCGGCAGCUGUUAAGGAAAGUACAAUGAUGACGAAUUUCUACGGUUUGUUCCUAUCCUUGAUAUUUAUAUUGCAAAUGGCAGCAGCUAUCACAGGAUUCACACUCAUAACACAGGCUGAUGGAAUUGUGUGGGGAUCGUUAAAUUCGAUGAUGUACCAAAGUCAGUGGAGCUAUGAAAGUUCUACAAUGGAUUGGAUUCAACAAACGUUCAAAUGUUGCGGCAACAACGGACCAUCUGAUUGGGGAAGCUUUGGAAGAUACUCUACCACUACCCCUAGACCCACUUUUAUUGAUUAUUAUACAACGAGGCCGUAUACCGAUUGGUGGGGUCAAACAAUCACAGAAGACGAACGAGCCACAGAAUACGAAACAACCAUAGGAUACGAAACAACAACCACCGAUUUCCUUCAAAAUAGAAUGCCACAAUCGUGCUGCGUUCGCGAUAGUGCCUACGACAAAGAAUCGUUACGGUGCCACUUCUAUUUCACCAGAGGUUGUCAUGGUCCGUUGAAUCAAAUCGUAUCCCAAAGUGUGAUGAUUUGGGGCUCUUCAGCACUUUUUAUAGGAAUAAUUCAGAUUUUGGGCGUAAUAAAUGCCUUCAUGUUCGCAAGGAUUAUUCGUCGCAACAAAACAAACCGCGACGUUCACCGAUGGGCUAUCCAUGAAAGUUUGGGCGUUGAUAGGCCAGCCUAUGUUGAUCAAUUACCAAAUACGGACGAAGUUAAGCAUAUGUAAUUGUGCUGGUUGUAUACUUACGCUAAUAGUUGCGAUAUCUAUAGUCACCUUAUGACUAGUACAGUAUUCAAUAAAGAGACAAAUUAAAA